AUGGAUUCAAUGUGUUUAGCGGAGGCUAAGACUAAACGUAUCACUGCAAAGUCCUCCUUGACGCGACACAAAACUGCCAUAGAAAACUUUGAUAUUAAUAAUGGAUCGCGAUAUGACAUUGUUGAGCGUAGAAAGAGGCUAAUAGAACUAUGGAAUCUUUUUGAUGUCGUGCAAUCGCGAAUAAAAGUACUUGAGAAUCAAGAUCCAUCAAUUGAAAACAAAGAUGAGCUACGUGCUCAACAUGAGCAACACAGAGCAAAUUUCAAAUCAACAUAUUUCAGUCUGAUUUCGCGUUGUGAAGCCUUACUUGAACAUUUUGAUCAACGCAAUCUUAGAAUCUCUUCAUCAACUUCUAACGAUACGCAAAAUACGAGCACGUCCACAAACAAGGAAUCGCAUGUUAGGUUGCCUAAAAUCGAGCUUCCAGUAUUUUCAGGUUCCUAUGAAGAUUGGUACUCGUACCAGGAUACGUAUGAAAAAUUAAUACACGCCAAUCAAAGGUUAUCAGAGAUUGAGAAGUUCCAUUACUUACGUUCGUCUCUCAAAGACAAGGCUGCUGAAAUAAUAAAAUCCAUCGAAACCACUACCGAUAAUUACAAGGAUGCCUGGUCUGCUGUUAAGGAACGGUUUGAUAACAAGCGCUGGAUACUACAAAAACAUAUUAAAGCUAUAUUCGAAAUUACUCCAUUAACGAAAGAAAAUCAUGUUCAGUUACGUGAAUUGUAA